AUGAACUAUCGAUUUUCCAUUUCUAGGCAUCCUAACUCAAACUCUGGUAAUAGCCUAUUCUCCUAUAGAAAGCAACGUGAUGAGCACGGCUCUGGAGACCUGCCAGAUUCAUAUUAUCCUCGUUUUUCGGGCUUAACCUCACCAUCAUACGACGAUUUAUUCGAUUGUUCUCCUCGUUUUGGAACUGUCCCUUUUCCGGAUGCUCCGCUGAUGCUCUCGACAGCGGAGACAGCCGAAUCGACGGUAACCACGAGAACUGGGUCUGAUGAGUGGGAAGCCAGACAUUCUGGUUACUGGGAUACAAAUAUGGAAACUCGACAUCUGAAGGGUCUCGGUGCUGACGGAAGUCUCGUCUUCGAUGAUGACCCAUAUCCACGAUGGCAUCGAUAG